GCUUAUUCGCGUUUCUUCUGUUUAUCGAGGACGAAUUUCGCGGCGUAUAUUCUUGCGUUAGACGUUAUCGAAAGUGUGUCACGUUUCUCGUUCGAGAGUGCUUCGUUCGAACGUGUUACACGGCCGUGCGUGAUUGUUGCGUCGCGGAAAAUAUUCGCGAGCAGGAAACUGUUGAUCGCGCGAAUAUCUCGAAUCGAAUUCAUCUAUUUUCGAAACGAUGUGUACAACGUUGAUCCGCGCGCCAUCGUUUGGUCCUUGAUACGGUCACGCGGCAACCGAAAAAUCCGUGAAAAACAAGUUAUAAUUCGAAGCAAACGAAACGAAGAAAUUUCCGUUUAAUCUCGUCGGAUUAUUCAGGCAAUUGCGUUUCAACGAGCGACUGUCGUUAAACUGACUUUCGAUUUUGCUCACCUUGUCGAAGUUGCUUCGCCCUCUUCUCGGGUAGAGGAAGAGGCUGAGGGGAAAAGGGAGAAGGAUUCGGCAUUGGUGUUUGCGGCUAAGUGUCGCGAGUUCGGCAGCGUUCCCAACAGUAUCAGCGAGACAGGCGCGCUAGUCUUUGCUCCGACGAUCGAGUAACCGAGAGAAACGGGCCUACGCUCCGAGCUGUCGUGGACGGUAGGGAACGAGAAUCCUCGCGGACUACCAUGGCAAGGAAAGUCGCCAUAACCGUGGAUCGGAAGCCGGAAAUGAAGAUACCGGAGGUCUUCGAGGCAGAUGUGCCACCGCCGACUGCAUGGGUGGGGUCGCGUCACAUAGUGACGCUGAUGCUGUUCCUCGGUAUGGCGAACGCCUACGUGAUGAGGACCAACAUGUCCGUGGCGAUCGUAGCGAUGGUCAAUCACACGGCCGUUACCGAAAACAACAAGGACGUAACGUCCUCGAACGAGUGCGGCAUCGAAUUCGAUAACGCGACCGGUGCCGAUCACGAUCCGAGCAGCGACGGUGAGUUUCUAUGGGACAGCAGGCAGCAAGGAUUUCUACUGAGUUCCUUCUUCUACGGUUACGUGAUCACCCAGAUACCAUUCGGUAUACUCGCGAAACGUUACGGAUCGAAAUAUUUCCUCGGUGUCGGUAUGCUGAUCAACUCGGUGUUUGGACUCUUGGUGCCAGUAUCCGCCCGUGCCGGACUCUACUAUCUAAUGGUCGUACGAUUCAUCCAAGGAUUGGGCGAGGGUCCGAUUGUGCCUUGCACGCACGCAUUGUUGGCCAAGUGGAUACCGCCGAACGAACGCAGCAGGAUGGGAGCCUUCGUGUACGCCGGUGCACAGUUUGGUACCGUGAUCUCGAUGCCGUUGAGCGGUAUUCUGUCCGAGUACGGUUUCGACGAUGGCUGGCCAUCGAUCUUUUACGUGUUCGGAGCUGUUGGAACCAUAUGGUGCGUUGCCUUCUUGAUCUUCAUAUACGAGGAUCCAGAGACUCAUCCUCAUAUCGCGGAGGAUGAGAAAAAGUAUAUACUUAGCGCUUUGUGGGGUAACGCCGGAGCCUCCUCACCCCCUGUACCGUGGUGGUCGAUCGUCACCUCUUUACCCUUCUGGGCCAUCCUGAUCGCGCACAUGGGUCAAAACUACGGAUACGAGACGCUGAUGACCUUGUUACCGACGUUCAUGAAGCAAAUCUUACACUUUGAUAUUAAAUCGAACGGUACCGUUUCCGCCCUUCCAUACUUGGCCAUGUGGAUAUUUUCCAUGGUGAUCUCUCACGUGGCCGACUGGAUGAUCUCCAGCGGGAGAUUCAAUCAUACGAUCACGCGAAAAAUCAUCAACAGCGUCGGUCAGUUCGGACCAGCGAUCGCGUUGGUAGCCGCUUCCUAUACCGGCUGCGACGCCUGGUUGACCGUUAGCCUAUUAACGAUAGGCUUAGGCUUGAACGGUGGUAUCUAUUCAGGGUUCAAGGUGAAUCACCUGGAUAUCUCACCGAAAUUCGCCGGAGUUUUGAUGUCUUUCACCAAUUGCCUGGCCAAUCUGGCCGGUCUGCUCGCGCCUAUCAUCGCCGGAUACAUACUCGUUGGAACGGUGACGCAUGCCAAGUGGCGAAUCGUCUUCCUCCUUGCAGCCGGCGUAUAUAUAGUUUGCGCGGCUUUCUACAUAUUAUUUGGCUCUGGAGAACGGCAAUCUUGGGACAAUCCGGAGAAGGAAGAAGAGAGGCAAGAGAAGCAAGUUUUGGACAGCGUUAAAACCGUAGACGAAUCGCGACAUUGACCCGUACCGUUACACGGCGAGUUUUGCUUUAUAGAACCUACCUCGCCGCGUCCAUCCCGAAUCAAACGCUUUCUCGAAUCACGCGAUACGAAUACCCUUCUUCUAGCCGAACUAUUUCGGCGGUCGCCACGCUCUCCUCCCUCGAACGCUUCGUUUCCGCACGUUUCAUCGCGGACAACUCGGUUUAGUUGAACGUUCGUCGAUCGUCUUCGAUAAAAGCCUCGAAAUUUCACGUGACGAAACGCAAGAGAACGGGAGAGCGUGACGCGAGAAACGAACGGUUGCCUAUCUUUUCUUUUUCGAGGGAAAAAGUACGUCAGAGAGAAGAAGUCGUUCGCGACUUAUCAGAGCCGAAAGGGAUAACAUGGACAAACUAAAUUCUUCCGGCCACGGGAAAUCAUAAAUUCACGGUUCGCUGUUCGCUCGUGUGCCAACUUUAAAUCGUACGCAAAUAUUUGUAGAACAAGUAAGUCGAAUGGAACGUUACGUUUCUAUUUGUUCUACCAAUAAAAUAAACGCGCUAGUGUGUGCAUGGUAAGAGAGAUAGGGAGGGAGAGUAUGAUAUAGAGAGAGAUACAGAGUGCGUGUAUGUGAGAGAGAGAGAGAGAGAGAGAGAAGAAAAUUUUACAUUUUUAUAGCACCCCUUUUUUUCAUUUAACGAACACUAAGUGCCUUACGAUCGAGAAACGAGAAUGAAGAUAACAUCGAAGCGUUCUCGAAUCGAAUCGAGCCGCUUCGAUCCGUAUUUUUCAAUAACGCGUGAGCUUCAACGAUCGAUCGAAUGGUAAAAGACCAUCGUUAGAACCUCGAUCCGACUUCUGAAACCGCGCACGCAUACACGACCGCUCGCCAAACAUCGAGAGUAUAUCGCGUGUUUGCUUGAGCGCGAAGGAACGGAUGAACAUGGCAACAGUAUUAAAAUAAAUAUCCUCGCGUUUGACUUCGUUUAUUUCUUCGUAUCGUACCGUGUUUUAUCACAAGCAACUGCCAUUUUGUAUUGUACGACUGAUACCGAUCGCGAGAAAGACAAGAAGAAAGAGUAAAUCGUUCACCAGAAUCGUUGCGAGGAACACGGGUGCAAUACAACAAUGGUUUUACACAUGUUACAUAGAUGUAUAUUUGUACGCGUUAGUUUCUACAAAGCUGUAGUCGUUCAAAAAGAAAAAGAAACUAUCGCUUUCAUUUAUUUAUGUGAAACUGUACAAAACAAAUAAGCAAAAGAAUAGAAAGUAUCGUCGGGUAUGCUAGAGACGGAGAGACACCGUUCGAAAGAAAAAAAUUCGUUUGCACAAUAGAAUGCAUUUUCUUUUCUUUUUCUUUUUUAA